CCGCCAUUUUGAGAUUUACCUCAGACUCAACACAUCACAAGCCACGGGAGGAGCGGGUUGUGAGCCGCACAGCUCAGGCCGACGUUGCAUGACCGCACACAUUCCUCAUAAGAACCGAGAGGUUAGUUAAAAAUGCAGCGAGGUGCCGCGUUCUGUUGUUCAUGGUGUUAGGGGCGGUUUGGGGUGAAUUGUUAUAUGUCGGGCCGUGGCAACGGUUGUAUCCGUGAACUUCCAAAUUUAACAGUGGAAACUGGUUUGAAUGGAUAGCUUUUUCCUCCGCUCUCCCCCAGACGAGGGACAAUCGGAGGAGCACACAGACUGGGGAUAUCGCAGGCAAAGUUGUUAAAUGUGUCCAUAGCAAAUGCACCUUUGUUUUCAUUUUCUGCAUCUUAUCUCCAUUUGGCUGCCUAGUGUCAGGUAGCUUAACGCUAGCUAGACACGGGGUAUUUGUUUCUCAAAGUGCAGGUCGUGCUGCGAGUUCCCUUAUUGCCCCUCAUUUCCCGGGGUAAAACCGGAGUGAUUUAGUUCUUUUCAGUGGGCCUCCGUUUUCGGAGCCCAAGUCCAUCAUUCCCAAGCCCCCGCCGUCAGACAGCGACUUGCACCCACCAAAGGCGCCGAGAUUGGGCGAAUAGCGAGCAAAUACGUCCGCGUUUCUCUACCCGCUCCCCCGCCGACCUCCCCUCCUCACUCCCCGGCGUUGACAGCGGACAAGGCCGAGGUCGUAACAGAGCAGGCCCGGCCGCCAAGGCUCGACCUGUCUACCCCACCUCCGCAUCCCACCACACCUCACCAGCAGUCCAGAACCCGGUUCCCCGCAGAACCGAACCUGGACAAGGUCGAGGGCAACAAAGAUAGCCGGGAGCACCGCAUCUCAACCACAACAACAGUUGCCAACAUGAACCACCAUCACCACACGCAGCAGCAGCAGCAACAGAAAGCCGGCGAGCAGCAGCUCAGUGAACCAGAGGACAUGGAGAUGGAAGCCGGGGACACAGAUGACCCUCCAAGAAUCCCGGCCAACCCAGUGAUCAAUGGUAACGUGGCCAUGGCAGAUGGACACAACAAUACAGAGGAGGACAUGGAGGAUGACACCAGUUGGCGAUCAGAAGCGACUUUCCGGUUUGUCGUGGAGCGCUUCAGCCGCCUGAGUGAGUCUGUUCUAAGCCCGUCCUGCUUUGUCCGGAACCUCCCCUGGAAGAUUAUGGUGAUGCCACGGUUCUACCCCGACCGGCCUCACCAGAAGAGCGUGGGCUUCUUCCUGCAGUGUAAUGCAGAGUCAGACUCCACGUCAUGGUCUUGCCACGCGCAAGCCAUGCUGAAGAUUAUAAAUUACAAAGACGAUGAGAAGUCGUUCAGCCGCAGGAUCAGUCACUUGUUCUUCCACAAAGAGAAUGACUGGGGCUUCUCCAACUUCAUGUCCUGGAGUGAUGUGACUGAUCCAGAGAGGGGCUUCAUCGAUGAAGACAAAGUCACAUUUGAAGUCUACGUCCAGGCAGAUGCCCCACAUGGAGUGGCCUGGGACUCAAAGAAACACACAGGCUACGUUGGAUUGAAGAACCAGGGAGCAACUUGCUACAUGAAUAGUCUGUUACAGACACUCUUCUUCACCAACCAGCUACGACGGGCGGUGUACAUGAUGCCUACAGAAGGAGACGACUCGUCCAAGAGCGUUCCCCUGGCUCUGCAGAGGGUUUUCUAUGAACUGCAACACAGUGACAAACCAGUUGGCACCAAAAAACUGACAAAGUCUUUUGGGUGGGAAACACUAGAUAGCUUCAUGCAACAUGAUGUACAGGAGCUGUGCAGAGUGCUCCUGGACAAUGUGGAGAACAAAAUGAAAGGCACUUGUGUUGAGGGAACCAUUCCUAAGCUUUUUAGAGGAAAGAUGGUGUCAUAUAUCCAGUGUAAGCAUGUGGACUACCGGUCUGAGCGGAUAGAGGACUACUAUGACAUUCAGCUUAGCAUAAAAGGAAAGAAGAACAUCUUUGAAUCAUUCAAAGAUUACGUUGCAACUGAACAGUUAGAUGGAGACAACAAAUACGAUGCAGGAGAGCACGGACUUCAGGAAGCAGAAAAGGGAGUGAAGUUCCUUACCUUCCCUCCUAUCCUUCAUCUGCAGCUGAUGAGGUUCAUGUAUGACCCACAGACUGACCAAAAUAUCAAGAUUAAUGACAGGUUUGAGUUUCCAGACCAGUUACCGCUGGAUGAGUUCCUUCAGAAGCCCGACUCCAAGGACCCAGCAAACUACAUCCUCCACGCAGUGUUGGUGCACAGCGGGGACAACCAUGGCGGUCACUACGUCGUCUAUCUUAACCCCAAGGGAGACGGCAAAGUGAGUGUCAAGGAACCAAUAUGGUGUAAGUUUGAUGAUGACGUAGUGUCACGUUGCACCAAGGAGGAGGCUAUAGAACACAACUAUGGUGGGCAUGAUGAUGACCUCUCAGUCCGCCACUGCACCAACGCAUACAUGUUGGUUUACAUCCGCGAGUCCAAGCUUAGUGAGGUGCUCCAGCCAAUGACUGACGUGGACAUCCCCCAGCAACUGGUGGAGCGAUUGCAGGAGGAGAAGAGGGUGGAGGCACAAAAACGGAAGGAACGCCAAGAGGCUCACCUCUACAUGCAGGUCCAGAUGGUAACGGAGGACCAGUUCUGUGGGCAUCAGGGCAACGACAUGUAUGAUGAAGAGAAAGUGAAAUACACAGUUUUCAAGGUCCUGAAGAGCUCCACGCUGCAAGAGUUUGUCCAGAACCUCUCUCAGACCAUGGUGAGAGACUCGAGUGUUGGCGAGGGUUUCCCGCAAGACCAGAUGAGACUGUGGCCCAUGCAGGCCCGUAGCAAUGGAACCAAGCGGCCCGCCAUGCUUGACUACGAGGCUGAUUGCAACAAGUCGAUGAUCGACUUGAGCGACAAUGAGAAUCCCUGGACAAUAUUUCUGGAGACGGUGGAUCCAGAGAUGGCAGCCAGUGGAGCUACGUUACCCAAAUUUGACAAAGACCAUGAUGUCAUGUUGUUCUUGAAGAUGUAUGACCCCAAAACCAGAAGCUUAAAUUAUUGUGGACAUAUCUACACACCUAUAUCCUGCAAAAUUAGAGACUUGCUGCCCGUCAUGUGUGAGAGAGCAGGGUUUCAGCAGGAAACUAGCCUUAUCCUCUAUGAGGAAGUAAAGCCCAAUCUAACAGAGCGGAUACAGGACUAUGAUGUCUCUCUGGACAAAGCCCUGGAUGAGCUCAUGGACGGAGACAUCAUUGUCUUCCAGAGGGACGACCCUGAGAAUGACAGUAGUGAGCUGCCUACAGCCAAGGACUAUUUCCGGGAUCUUUACCACCGGGUUGACGUCAUUUUCUGUGACAAGACCAUCCACAACGACCCCGGCUUCGUGGUCACGCUCUCAAACCGGAUGAACUAUUUUCAGGUGGCGAAGACAGUUGCUCAGAGGUUGAACACAGAUCCUAUGCUGCUGCAGUUCUUCAAGUCACAGGGGUACAGGGACGGUCCAGGGAAUCCUCUCAGACACAACUAUGAGGGAACACUGCGAGACCUGCUGCAAUUCUUCAAGCCUCGGCAGCCCAAGAAACUCUAUUAUCAGCAGUUAAAGAUGAAGAUUACAGACUUUGAGAACAGGAGGAGUUUUAAAUCCAUAUGGCUCAACAGCCAGUUCAGAGAGGAGGAAAUCACCCUCUACCCUGACAAGCAUGGCUGCGUGCGGGACCUUUUGGAAGAAUGUAAAAAGGCAGUGGAACUGUCUGAAAAUGGCUCUGAGAAGCUCAGGCUGUUAGAGAUAGUAAGCUAUAAAAUCAUCGGGGUUCACCAGGAGGACGAGCUGCUAGAAUGUUUAUCUCCUGCUGCCAGUCGCACCUUCAGAAUAGAGGAGAUUCCUUUGGACCAGGUGGACUUGGACAAGGACAGUGAAAUGCUAAUCCCUGUCGCACACUUCCACAAGGAAGUCUUUGGCACCUUUGGGAUUCCUUUCUUGCUCAAGAUCAGACAGGGUGAGUCAUUUCGGGAAGUGAUGAGGAGGAUCCAGACCACGCUGGACAUCCAGGAGAAAGAGUUUGAGAAGUUCAAGUUCGCGAUUGUGAUGAUGGGCCGACAUCAGUACAUCACUGAAGAUGAGUACGAGGUCAACCUGAAGGACUUUGAACCACAGCCAGGUAACAUGUCCCACCCGCGCCCCUGGCUAGGGUUGGAUCAUUUCAACAAAGCUCCAAAGAGAGGUCGCUACACCUACCUGGAGAAAGCAAUCAAGAUCCACAACUAAAGCAGCCUGCCCUUAUUCUUUGUCCCCCUCUCCUGCUCCGCCUCCCUCCCAUCCUACUUUAACAAACCAUAACCACAGACUGUAACCAACUGUGUGUGUGUUUGCGUGCAAGAGGCUGUUUGGGUGUGUGCGUGUGCUGGAAUAUGUGUGUGUGUAUUCAUCACUUUUAACACCCCACCUGGAAACCCUACAGCUCUGCACCGGCACUACGUCUUCAGUGAAUAACGGGAUGUUUCUGCAGCUGACGGAUUAUUUCUUCAACCACAAAAUAAACUGCACCAACCACCUCCUGACUGUUGAUUUUGUUGUACUUUUUUCUAUUUGUCUCCCUCUACAUUUGAGGCUGUUUGUUUUUUUUUUUCCUGGCAUUUCAGCUUGUUGACUGCCUGCUUUUUGUUGCCUGUCUGGAAGUGGGAGACAUGAAAUUGGAUUUUAAGACAAGAGAAGUGAAGAGGGAAGUGGAAUUGGGAUGGAGAUGUGUAUAGUAUUUUUUUUUUUCUGUCCUCAUCCCACCUCACUCACCAUCUUUUUUUUUUCAUGAGUUUUGGGGGUUUGUUUUAAAUAAAGUUGUUUAAAGAGGAAUCGAACGCUGUGUGCAGAGUUUAAUGAAAGGAUGUUUGAGAGCACUAAUGGAUAAAGGGGGGAGGGGGGCAAGCAAGAUGAUCGUUUUGCGCAAAAAAAAAAAAGAAAAGCUGCAAAUUGGCAUUCACUCUGAAGUUAACUAGUCGUCCCGCUGAGGUUCUUGAUAGUUUCUGCUCCGAUCUUAGUGUAUCAAAGAAAAAACAAACAGUAUUUUCAAGUUCACGCAAUUCUUUCUCCUUUAGUUUGGUUGGAAGAUUAAGUCCUUUUUUGUCUUUAUGCAGAUCUUGUACAAUAAAAAAAAUCUGCAAAACAGCAUCUGUUUAAAAAUAAACUUAAAAAAAAAGAGAUUUGUCUAUGUCAUCUUGAACAUUGAGGAUUCUCAGGACUGGCAAAUAUACAUUUUGACUUUAAGUAAACACACACACACACACCCCAACAUAACCCCCAUAACUCCUUUUUUUUUUUUUUUUCCUUGUUCUUUGGGAAGGUUUAUUUGUUCUUAGUCAUUCCUCUAAACACACUCGCGCACACAAGCUUCCAUCUUCUCUUCAGUCUGUCGCCUCCUGGUGGUUGAGAGCAGUAACUGCGCUGUGCUUGGUUAGAGCUGCAGACACUUUUAGAGCCCACAGAUUUGAGGACUGUGUAGAGCCAAAAAACCAGCAUUGUGAGAAACACUUUAAGCCCUAUGAUUUUUUUUUCUUUUAAAGCACAGAUGGAAUGCACCCCUUAUAAUGCAUAGCUGGCUCUGUAAAGACAACAUUUAAGAAUUGUAUAUUUAAAAAUAUGAACAUGUAAAAUUUAAGAAACACGCCUUUCUUCUUGGGUACAGAUGGAGCCAGGUGUUCAUACUUCUUGUGAGUAGGAUUUUUUUUUCUUUCUUUGCAUUCUUGAUGUACCAUUGACUAAAUUUUUGUUUUCUGUUACAUUUGGAUGGUUUUCUUCUUUUAAAACUAACUGCGGUGGUUUGUCUUGUUAAAAACUUAAGUACAAAGAUGACCUGCAGAAUCACAACCUUAAUUUGAUCUUUUCCAGUUUAAAAUCAUCAGUGUAGCAGCAGUGUACGACAACUAUUCCUGUAUAUUGCCUUUUUGCUGGAAAAUGUAUGUUGAAUAAAAUUUUCUAUAAAAACUAA